CUGGAGGGUGCGCGUUUGAGGAUCCACCCCUCGGUAGAUUGUGAACAAAAAAAAAGGAUCCAGCCCUCAGUCUCCCCUAUGGCGGCCUUGGCCUGUGCAUCUAAUGUGCGCCGCCUCCUCCUCCACCCCGGCGCCGGAGCUCCGGCGAGAUCCUUCUACUCCCAGCCCUACCAAGCCAAGGUAGGCGUGGUGGAGUUCUUGAAUGGGGUCGGCAAGGGGGUGGAGACGCACGCCGCGAAGCUGGAGGAGGCCGUAGGAGGCGAUCUCCAGAGGCUGCUCGAGACCCGCACGCUACGGCUCAAGAAACUCGGCGUCCCCUGCAAGCAUAGGAAGUUGAUUUUGAGUUUUGCCCACAAGUACCGCCUUGGUCUUUGGAAGCCCUGGGCAGAAGCCAGGAAAGUGCAGUAAAGUUGAUUUGUUUUCAAAGUGUCCACUUGGAGAAAUUAUGUGCUGUUAUUGGGCCGAAGCAUGCUUGGGGCAUCGAAUAGUUGUGUUAUCAGUUAUUGGUUGGAGUAAUUUGGAUGCCGCGGUUAGAAUGUUAUCUGAUAACUGAUAAACUCUCAUGCACAUCCAACCAAUAACUGGCCCACUUGAUGGUACUCUUUUGUAGGAUUUCUCUUUGUUAGGUUUGGGCAUCAUCACUCUUGUUGUUCUGAAGUCAUUCGGCUCGCGUACCUUGCUCUCCCUGUGUUAUCCCUAAUAAUAUGUCAAUUGGACUACUGAUGAUUA